GAGUAAAGCCUGGUGACUUCUGGGUUUGAAAGUACAAGAUAGCUGAAGUCGGAAAGGAAAAACGUGGUUGUAGGUUGGGGAUAUUAAAGCGCGAAUUGGCUGCGGGAGACUUGAAGUUUCUGCACAAAUUUCCAAAUAAUUUUAAAAUGAAGAAAGGCAGAGGUCGAACUUACCGAAAGAGACACAGAAAACAAUCUACAGCUUUUUCUUCAAGUAAUGUAAAUUUGAGUUAUAAAAAUGAAUAUAUAAUUCUCAAGAAGUGGUUGAAAGAAAAAGGCUACAAGAAUAAUAAUUUAACUCCAGCAGUGUUUUCAGAAACAGGAAGGGGAUUGAUGACCACAAAAACACUUCAGGCUGAAGAAUUGAUUAUUUCUUUGCCUGAAAACUGCUUGCUUACUUCCAAUACUGUACUGAACAGUUACCUCAGAGAAUACAUUUUAAAAUGGAAGCCUCCAAUUUCUCCUGUGAUAGCAUUAUGUUCCUUUUUAAUAACAGAGAAGUGGUUCCAUAGGAAAUCUGUGUGGAAACCAUACCUGGAUCUCUUACCUGAAACAUAUACCUGUCCUAUUUAUUUGGAACAAGAAACACUGAACCUUUUCCCUGAGCCCUUGAGAAGAAAGGCUCUCGAGCAACGAUCAUUGAUCCAGGACCUUUUUGCUUCUUCAAAGCGAUUUUUCUCUUCUUUGCAGCCUUUAUUUUCUGAAGAUGUGGAGAUUAUUUUUAACUUCAGUGCUUUCCAGUGGGCUUGGUGCACUAUAAAUACAAGAACAGUGUUUAUGAAACAUUCACAGAAAGACUGUUUUUCCAGAGAACCAGAUAUUUAUGCUCUAGCUCCAUUUCUGGAUCUGCUAAAUCACAAUCCAAAGGCCCAGGUGAAAGCUUCAUUUAAUGAAAAUACAAAAUGUUAUGAAAUAAAAACACAUCUAGGCUAUCAGAAAUACAAAGAAGUAUAUAUUUGUUAUGGCCCUCAUGACAACCAGCGACUACUUCUAGAAUAUGGUUUUGUGGCUUCUGAUAAUCCCCACAGCUGUGUGCAUGUUAGUACAGAUACAUUGCUUAAAUAUAUUUAUUCAGAAGACAAACAGAAAUCUAUGAAACUUUUCAUUUUACGAGAGCACAAGUUGUUAGAUGAUCUGACGUUUGGCUGGGAUGGACCAUCUUGGACACUUCUUACAGCCCUUAAAUUGUUAUGUCUUGAAGCAGAUGAAUUUACUUUAUGGAAAAAAGUAGUGCUUGGAGAUGUUGCUUCAAGGAAGAAUGAAGAAAAGAGUGUGGCUUUUGCAACAAAAAUAUGUAUGUCAUUGAUGGAAGAAACUCAGCAUGUACUUCAGAAGAUUUCAGUUUUAAAAAAUCAUUAUGAACAUCUUGUGAAUCAACUGGGUUUGGUGGAAGCAUUGCAUACAGAAAAUCUAAGAAUCCUGCAGCUUUCAUAUGAGAUUCUUCAGCAUUUAUCCUCCACAACCAUGUAAUUUUCCCAAAACAAAAUUGUGCUAGUCCCUGCAACAAUAAAACAACUUAAUAUUCAGCGUGAACAUUUUGUAAAAUAUAAACAGAAGAAACAAACAAACCAAGAAUGCAUAGAUCUUUAAAGUCCUUUAAGUAAGACUGCAUUAAUCAGAGAGAAAACAUUGGACCAAAACAUUUUAAAAAGGGCAAUAAUGAGGCCAAAAGGAUAUGUAGUCUAAACGAUGAUUUAGAGCAAUGUUUAUUAACCUUCCCACUUUUAAAAAAAUAUAGAGGUCCUCAAAAAGUUUUUGUUUGCAUGGACUAUUAUUUACCAAUGUUCACCAUCUUAAAAAUUAAAAUUGAUGCAUUUGCUGAUGCUACCUAUUCUCACAAUUAGUCAAUGGGAUUUUAAUAUUCUUUUUCAGAAUAGGCUGGCAAAUUGCUUUUGUGGAUCUCUAAGACAGUCUUGGGGUACUCCCAGAACUCUUAGGAUCACAACACCUUUCUUCAGAGAAAUUAAUUUCAUUUUCAUGAAGUAGAACAGGGAUGUUAAACUCGCGGCCGAUGGGCCUGAUGCAUCACACAGGCCAUGUUCACGUCCAGUUUAGCAAAGGGGAGCAAAAGUCACGAUAUGUCAUGUGACGCUGCCGUGAUGACAUGAGUUUGACACCCCUGAGGUAAAAUUUCUUCAGCAAUGGUGGAAUAUGAAAGGCUGAUGGAAAAUAAUGGAAAUUGCUUCCCCUCUGAAACACCAUCUUUUUAUCUCUGCUUGUUUACUUAUUAAGGAAAGUCAUCUGAAUUUUAACUUCUUUUAGACUGCUGAUGGAUUUAGAUUCUGGCUACCCCUUUGAUACAUGUUGACCUGGAGUAGAUAAACUGGACUUCUUGAGAGAUAUGGACUAGAGAAAUAAUUACAUGAAGUUUGUUAGGAGCCUUCAUUUGGUUCUUGAAAAACACUAGAU